AGAGAGUCGGGGCUGUCAUGUGAGAAGCCGUGGAGCAGUUCGACCAGGAAAUCUUAGAUUGUUGAUAGGGCGACAGUUUAGCUGGUGACCGUCGGGGAGCGGAGAAGUUGUUUUUAGUAAAAAAAAAGGUUUUAGUUUUCAUUUGUGCGCCAUGGCAUCUCUAUUCAAGAAGAAGACAGUCGAUGACGUAAUAAAGGAACAGGCCAAGGAGCUUCGUGGUACUCAGAGACAGAUCACUAGAGACAGAGCUGCUCUGGAGAAACAAGAGAAACAAAUGGAGAUGGAGAUAAAGAAGAUGGCUAAGUCUGGGAACCGGGAAGCCUGUAAGAUCCUGGCCAAGCAGCUGGUCCAGCUGAGGAAGCAGAAGAACAGGACCUACGCCGUCAGUUCAAAGGUCACCUCCAUGUCCACACAGACCAAGGUCAUGAACUCCCAGAUGAAGAUGGCUGGAGCCAUGUCUGCUACGGCUAAGACGAUGCAGGCGGUGAACAAGAAGAUGGAUCCUCAGAAGACCCUCCAGACCAUGCAGGACUUCCAGAAGGAGAACAUGAAGAUGGGCAUGACAGAGGACAUGAUCAACGAUACGUUAGACGAGAUAUUUGACGAGUCAGGUGACGAGGAAGAAUCUCAGGACAUUGUGAACCAGGUUCUGGACGAGAUUGGCAUUGAGAUCUCUGGAAAGAUGGUGAGAGCCCCAGCAGCAGGGAAGAAUCUCCCCACUGCCUCUCCUAAACGGAAAACACAGAUCUCUGACGAUGAGAUAGAGAGACAGCUCAGAGCACUGGGAGUGGACUAACACACACACACAGACACACACACACACACCAUGGGCUAGGUCUGUGUACUUACAGGCUGGUGGUCCAUGUGUCGGAGACUGGGAGACUGUGGCUGGUUAUGAAUAUGUAGUGACUAAAUUAUGGAAUAAUAGAAUGUCUUAUUAUGACCCAAACUACAAUCUGCUGAAGGAUGGGGAUAUUUAUGUACAUACAGACAGUUGACUCCGGUGACUUCAAUGUAUACAUGAUAUUUUGGAAGGACCAAUCCUGUGGGAGGAUGAAGUAAUCAUGAUUGUUUUGUGUUCUCACAUCUUUAGGUACAGUACUAUAGACGCUGGUGAUGUGUCUGUCAAGUACCACUUACAUUAACUCUAGGAACUACUGACAAUGCUUGACUUUUUCACUAAUAAACAUUUUGCAUGAGAA